UCAAAUUUAUGCAUAUUAUUCUCCUACUACUCUUGACAAGUUUCGCACAAGCACUUCAAAAACAUCUCUCUCAGUCUCACAAAAUUAAUGGCGGAGUCGGAUAACGAAUCGGGCGAACAGCGGGAUCAGAGCUCGCCACGAGAGCAUGACCGGUUCCUCCCGAUCGCGAACGUGAGCAGAAUCAUGAAAAGAGCGCUGCCGGCAAACGCCAAGAUAUCGAAAGACGCCAAGGAGACCGUGCAGGAGUGCGUGUCGGAGUUCAUCAGCUUCAUCACGGGAGAAGCCUCGGACAAGUGCCAGCGCGAGAAGCGAAAGACCAUCAACGGCGACGAUCUGCUCUGGGGCAUGACGACCCUGGGAUUCGAGAACUACGUGGACCCGCUCAAGGUGUACCUGCACAAGUUCAGAGACGUGGAGGAGGAGAAGAGCUCCAUGGCCGGAAUUAGAAGAGACAAGGAUGCCAGCGAAGCCGACAAUAUGUUGAAUACCUACCACGGGCUGUAUGGAUUGAAACAUCAAGGGCCUGCCUAUGGGUAUGGCUCCGGUUACCAUGUCGGAGCUGGCUCCGGUGGCAGCGGUGGCUCAUUGAUUAAGGAUUAAUCAGUUUAUUUAAGUAUUGAUGAUUAAGCUAGCUAGGUGCUGUUGGUGAUUGGGACUUUGUUAUAAUUUAGAAAUGUUCGAGUCGUGUUUAUGUGAAAGUUUAACUUGGAAAAAUAUUUGUGAGUUGUUUAAUUUA